AGAGAAACUGAAACUGAAGUGUAGUUGAGCUGUUGUGUGUUUGUGUCUCUGUAUUCAUGCAGUAAAAUGGCAGAAGCCAGAAUUUCUCAGGAUGAGUUCAUGUGUUCAGUGUGUCUGGAUCUCCUGAAGGAUCCAGUGGCCAUUCCCUGUGGACACAGUUACUGUAAGAUCUGUAUUACAGGCUGCUGGGAUCAGGAGGAUCAGAUGAGAGUCUACAGCUGCCCUCAGUGCAGACAGACCUUCAGUCCAAGACCUGCUUUAGCUAAAAACACCAUUCUGGCUGAACUGGUGGAGAAACUGAAGAAGAUUAAACUUCCUGCUGACUGUUACGCUGGAGCUGGAGAUGUGCAGUGUGACGUCUGUACUGGAAGAAAACACAAAGCCGUCAAGUCCUGUCUGGUGUGUCUGGAGUCUUACUGUCAAACUCAUUUUGACCGUCAUGAGGAAUUUCACUCACGUAAGCCACAUAAAGUGACUGAAGCCACUGGACGACUGCAGGAGAUGAUCUGCACGAAACACGACAAGAUCUUUGAGGUUUUCUGCCGCACUGAUCAGAAGUGUAUAUGUGUGCUGUGUAUGAAUGAACAUAAAAACCACGACACUGUAUCAGCUGCAGCACAGAGGACAGAGAAACAGCACCAGCUGAAGGAGACGCAGAGGUCGUUCCAGCAGAGGAUCCAGCAGAGAGAGAAAGAUCUUCAACAGCUGAGAGAGGCUGUGGAGUCUCAUAAGCGCUCUGCACAGACAGCAGUGGAGGACAGUGAGAGGAUCUUCACUGAGCUCAUCUGCUCCAUUGAGAGAAGCUGCUCUGAGGCCACACAGCGGAUCAGAGAUCAGGAAAAGACUGCAGUGAGUCGAGCUGAAGGACGACUGGAGCGACUGGAGCAGGAGAUCAAUGAUCUGAGGAGGAGAGACGCUGAGCUGGAGCAGCUUUCACACACAAAGGAUCACAUCCAUUUCUUGCAGAGUUUCCAGUCUCUCUCAGCUCCUCCUGAGUCUACAGACGUAAAUGACGAUCCCUUCAGUUCUCUCUGCUCUUUUGAUGUUGUGAGAGAAUCUGUCCGUCAGCUGAGAGACAAACUGGAGGAUUUCUGCAAAGAGGAGCUGAAGAAGAUCUCUGACAGAGUCACUUUCACCAACAUUGUUCCCAGAACCAGGAACGACUUCCUACAAUAUUCCCAUCAGCUCACUCUGGAUCUGAACACAGUGAAUAAACACCUCCGUCUCUCUGAGGGGAACAGAGUGAUUACUGGCACUGACACAGUCCAGCUGUAUCCUGAUCAUCCAGACAGAUUUGAUUAUCCUCAGGUGUUGUGUAGAGAGAGUGUGUGUGGACGCUGUUACUGGGAGAUUGAGAGGAGUGGGAAAUAUGUGUUUAUAUCAGUGUCAUAUAAGAGCAUCAGCAGGAAGGGAUCAGGUAAAGAGUGUUUGUUUGGAUGUAAUGAUCAGUCCUGGAGUUUGUUCUGCUCUUCCUCCAGUUACUUAUUCUAUCACAAUAACAUAGUGACUAAACUCCCAGUAAAGUCCAUCUUCAUCAGUAGAAUAGGAGUGUAUGUGGAUCACAGUGCAGGAACUCUGUCCUUCUACAGCGUCUCUGGAGACACAAUGAGCCUCAUCCACACAGUCCAGACCACAUUCACUCAACCGCUCUAUCCUGGGUUUAUGCUUGGUUAUAAAUCAUCAGUGAAACUGUGUUGAUGAAUCAGAAUAGACUGUAGAGAGAUUCUACCCAUAAUGCUUUGAACUCAUGAUGAAUCAGUAACAGUGAGAUGUUAUAGAGUCUCUUAUUUUCUCUUCAUUACUCUUACAGUUCUGGAGAGGAGUUUGCAUUUACACAGAGGGAACUGGCUGUUCACAAGAGAGAGCAUGGCCUGUCUGCUUUCCCAGACUUUGUUGGAUGUUGUGUGCUCAGAGCUCUUAAAGCUUCUUUAAGAAAACCUGUUUUAUCUGGUGUAGUGACAGUUUGUAAUUGCCCCAUUAUUGAUGGCUGCAGAUGCUUUUGUUUUUACUAAGCCCUGCUUUUCUCCUGUUUUUAGGGUAGUAAGGUAGUCAGGGAAGCGAUUUGUUGUUUAUUUGACUUUUUGUUUGAUAGGUUAUUUAGAUUCCUUUUCUCCCAGGUAGCUUACCCCUUUUGUUUGUUAUUUUGGCUUUAACCCCCUCCUGAAGCUAAAAGCGUUAUCAUUACUGUUUACCUUAUUCCUAACUGCUGUAAAAGAGACUUUACUUUGUAAAUAAAACCUUGAAGAGUU